UUCACGCAUCAACAACGCCUCUGGUUUUCUUCUCUACUCUGUCUCGUCUCAAUGCUAAAGCCUCUCCAGCUCUGUCUCAAUGCUAAAGCCUCUCCAAUCCAACCUCAAAUCCACAUCCAAUCCAACUCAGCAGCACUUCUUCCGUCUCUCUGCCCUUUUGUUCGAAGUUUCCACCAUUUAUCAAAUCUAAAAUCUCAGGUUGCUAGGAACAAAACCAAUCUAUUAUUCCAUUUGGUUCAUAGCAGCUUGGUUGGUGAUUUUUGCCUAACUGGACUUUUUAAAUGUCAGAAAAAGCGUGGUGCUAGAAAAGACCGUACUGGUGAAGAAGAAACAUGGCAGCUAUCAUGUUUUUACCCCAUGAUUGAGGUACAUGAUUGGGAAGCUGCUUUUGAAGUUGGAUACUAUUAAAUUCAUAGCAGCAAAUCAUACCAUAAUUUCAGCUUUGAACUAUAUCUUAAAAAAAACAAAAAACAUUUUCCACUUUUUAUUUGACUGUCUAUGAAAUGAAUCUUUAUACUUAUCAUAGUCACUCUUGUGUACUCAUUUCUUUUGGAUUAAGGUAUUUUACACUACCUAAUAGCAGCAACGACUGCAAUGGCAACCCAACCUAGUGGCUGUAGUGAUGCUUGAAUAGUGAAAAUGCCCAUGGGACAAGAUUAAGUAGCCUAACUCCCUGUUUCAUCUUUUCAUUUUAUGGAAAUUGAUUUAUAUCGAAGUUUGUGUUGUGCUUGUGGUUGGAGAAGAACACCUACUCUAACAGAUGCACGCUUGUGUUAUUGUGAUGGAAUUUGGAGUUGAUCAGACAUGUGGCCCUCUUGUCCACAUUAGCUGCCA